AUGAUUUUGUUUAGCUUUAUCUGUUUCGUUUUGUGGGCUCUAUGGUCUUUGCAACGCCUUGUCACCUAUCGCGUUCAUGAUUUUACGGGAAAGACCGUUCUCAUCACGGGUGCGUGCUCGGAGUUAGGGGCGCGGCUCUGUGAGCGGCUUCACGCCGAGGGUGCGAACCUCAUCGCGUGGGAUCCAAGCCUUCCAAACCUCGAGCGCCUUCGAAAGGAGGUGCUUUCCGCCGGCGUGAAUGGCACCACGGGGAAUCGGGAAGGGGAUUUUGAGUCCCAUGCCGGCGGCAAAGGCUUCCCGUUUUUCACCAUCACGAUGGUAAAUUUUUCUUCGCAGGCAAACGUGCUGCGUGCGGCGCAGGAGGUGGCAGGGCAGGUGGAUAUCAUCCUUCACACCGCUCAGGUGUUUCCGAUGCAGCCUUUUUACAAACGCGCUCCCGAUUCGAUCGGGAGUGUGCUCCUCAGCAACAGCGCGGCCUUGUUACUUCUUGCCAAAACGCUCUGCCCAAGCAUGUUGCAACGGCGGGAAGGUGGGCAUUUCGUGAGUUUCGUUACCUCCCCAGGGGUGAGCAUGGUGGAAGGGGAGAAUCCUGACUACGCGGCCUCCCAGUGGGCGACGGUGGGUGCGCAUUACAGCAUUCGUGCGUGGUUGGGAAGUGGAAGGCGGCAGCAACGCGGCACCGGGCAGGUGCACACUACCUUGGUGAAUCUCCCGGUAUGGCAGGAGGAUAUCACGCUAGUGGAAAAGGAGGCGGGGUUUCUCGCGGUGCCGAAUUUUCCACUUCGCAGCACGGCAGCGGCGAGCAACGAGGCCGUGGCAUCCUCUCAUUACAAUAAUACCCUUUCUGCAGAUGGGGUGGCGAGAGCGAGGAAGACCUUGAAUGCAGAGGUGGAUGCCGCCCUGUAUGCGAUCGCCCGCCGUGAGGAACAUUACGGAGGAAGACGGAGUUGGGUGAUGUUUCUGCGUGCAGUUGCGUUGAUGGUGUUGCCAUUUCCAUGGCAAAGGUCUUUAGAACAAAUAUGGAGUCAUAUUAUGGGACCAGGGAAACUAAAGAAUGAAUGA